AUGAGUAACGAUCCUUCAGUUAAAUUAAAGUCAGCUAAGGAUUCCCUAGUGGCUUCGCUAUUUGAAUUAUCCAAAUCAGCUAAUCAAACUGCUUCAUCCAUCGUUGACUUCUACAAUGCUAUCGGUGAUGAUGAAGAGGAAAAGAUAGAUGCCUUCACAACGUUGACUGAAUCUUUACAAACUUUGACCUCUGCUGCUAAUCAACUACAUGGUAUAAGUUCUGAAUUAGUCAAUCCAAUGGAUGACGAUAAAGACGUCGAAGGAACAACUAACGGUACUGGUGGUGAUUCCUCUGGUGUGUUAGUGAAAACUGCUGCUAAGAAGAAAGUGGAACGUGAUCCAAAUGCUCCAAAAAAGCCUUUAACUGUGUUCUUUGCUUAUUCUGCAUAUGUUCGUCAAGAAUUACGUGAUGAAAGACAAAGAAAUGGAUUGCCUCCAUUAUCUUCUACUGAAAUUACUCAAGAAAUUUCCAAAAAAUGGAAAGAAUUGAAUGAUACUGAAAAGGAAAAAUGGAAACAGGCUUAUACGGUUGAAUUGGAACAUUAUCAAAAGGAGAAACAAAAAUAUUUGGAAGCUAAGAAGAAUGGCACAUUUACAGUGUCUGAUGGUCCAAAUAAUGCUCCUGUUGCUAUUCCUGAUAAUUUACAAGAGGAUCAAUAUCCCGCUCAUCAUAAUUUGGAAAAUAAGAGGCAUCAUGAAGAAGAUGGUACCUCUACCAUUUCUGGCGAGAAGAAGAAAAAGAAGAAGAAGAAGGAUAAGAAGAAAGACAAAUCUAGUAACACUAGUAACUUAUAA